UCAUCCUCAUCCAUUGACUUCCUUGGUAGAUGAGAUGGAAGCGGAUGUUUCUGAUAACUUUCAUUUUUGCAAAAUUUGCGGAUUGCCAAUUCUAUCCGCGCCAUCAUACACUUGCCCCUUUGUUGCUUGCGAUUUUUUUCUGCACGAAUCAUGUGCGGGCAAAAUCCAAGAAGAAUUAAUCCUUCCCAAUCUUAAAGACCACACCCUUUCUCUCCAAGUAGGAAGUCCCAAUUUCAUCUACCAAUGUGAUGAUUGCGACGUCAAAAUGCAUCCUUUGGAUGCAGCAGCAGCAGCAGCAGCAGUGGAUGGUGUUGAGAUCAAAACCAUACACAAGAGCCAUCCACCUCACCCUCUCGUCGUUUUUUGUAGACAGAUUUUGUCUCAUUGCGAUGCGUGUGGGGAGAGACAUGAUGGUUUCUUCUUCUCGUGCCAACAAUGUAAUUUUUGGAUUCAUCAAGACUGCACCAUACUGCCUACCGCUCUCAAUCUCCUCUCUAUUCCUUGGCCUUUCCUCCUCGCACAUUCUAUUCGUACCAAUUACGAGGAGAUUGAGUGCGUUGUUUGCGACAAAUCCUUGCUUCAUACCCAUAACGCCGUCUAUUUAUGUCCCCAAACCUUGAGAGUUUCUCAUGUCAGAUGUGCACUCGAGAAAAUUCAUUCCAAAACAAGGCUAGAGUUGAUCCAACUGCCAGAUGACGAGUUUGACACAUUUCCAAGUUUGGAGAUUCGUACAUACUCGCAGAGAAACCAGGCUGAUAUUAUUGGUGAUGAUGAAGACAAGAAGCUUGCAAUGGAGAAUUUUCACGAGCAUCCGUUGAUCCUAGUUGGUGAUGAGGCAGAGGAUCACAGUUAUAAUCACAAAAAACUAGUGUGUGAUAUAUGCAUACAAACCAUUACUAUUCCAUCUCCAUUUUACAGAUGCUCUCUACAAGGCGGCUGCUCUUUCCUCGCCCAUAAAGUCUGUGCAGGCCUUUUCCCCAUUAUCAACUUUCAGAUUCUAGAUGACAGCAUUGCAUCAACGAAGGCAGAACCUUGUCCGUACCCGGACAAAUGGUUCUUCAGUUCAAUAUUUCUCUGCGUUUUCUGCUGUCUUCCUAGCAAUUCCCCUUGCUACUACUAUCCUGAAGAAGAGUUAACUCCCUUGAUGUUUGAUCUGUCGUGCAUGGCUGCUCCAAACAUUAUAAAGCACAGCUCACACAGCCAACACCUUCUCUUUCGCACCACCCGCACAUUGCAGUUCUCCCUCAUCAGUUGUUGUUCCCGCGGCUCCACAAUUCAUGACGUCUAUAGGUGCACUAUGUGCCAUUUCCUCAUUCAUAUAAGAUGCGCCUUACUACCAAAAAUGGUUCAUUUUCGUAAAUUUGAUCAACAUCCUCUGCAUUUGAUCACUACCAGUACUAUUAAUGGUAGUGAUCACGACAUCUGCGAGGUGUGUGAGGAAGAUGUAGAGUGCAAGUAUUGGUUCUACCACUGUGCUGAAUGUGACUACUCUUUCCACGUAAACUGCAUUCCCUCGCUUGGCUAUUUGUCCAAAGUCAAGUUUGGAGGCAAAUAUAGUAUGCCUUGUCACUCUCAUCCUCUCACACUUAGAAGGAUGCUUACUUAUGGAAGAAAUGAGAGGUGUGGGUAUUGCAACCAAAAAAUCCCCGGAUUGGUAGAUCAAGUGGCUUUCUUCUGCUCACAAUGCGAUUAUUGGAUUCAUUUUUCUUGUGCAAGGGAUUCAUUCACAUACUCUCAGAAUUGUAAAUCUUUGAUUUUUGAGGAAAUCGAUGCACAGGAGUGGUAUGAUAUGGCUGAAACUGAAGAUUAAUUGAUAGGAAUAGUAUAUAUUGUAAUUGUGGAAGAGAUGAAUGUACUGUGUAAAAGAAACUAUAAGUGAUGCUGGUGAGGUGUGUGUAUUUAAUGUAUUGUCAAUGUUUGAACACCA